GUACUACAACUGCAAGAAGCGUCACCUCGAAGUCACCCUUCGAUAAACAAAAAAGUGUCGUUGCAACUGACUGUAAAACUACUUCUCCGUAGUCGUAUCCUCCCUAGGUGUUUUUGAGAGAACAAGAAGCUGCACUCAUAACGACCACAAAGAUUUCUAUUUCAACUGAUCUUCUGGAGCCAUGGCCCCUGAAAUCAAGGAGCCAGAAAUCUUCUAAUUCUAAUAUCUCAUCUUGAUGAAUAACUACUAGCUUGCUAGCAACAAGAUGGGUGAUUCUACUGAUUCGCGUUCUGGGCCUCCAGUGCCAAAGAAUCCGAACAAUCCAGACGGGGGUGGUGCUGGACACAGUGGAGGUAAUGGUAAGCGACCUGCUACCUCAGGAGGAGGAGAAGAUGCCGAUAAUAAAAACAAGCGUCGUCGUCCAAGUCCAAACAUGAUUCCGAUUCGAGGUUUACGACUCGACUCUGAUGAGAACCUGUAUGGCGAUGAUGGAGUAGCGGAAGGUGGACGGGAAGACGAAGACGAUCUUCCCUUUGGAUUUCCUCACGAGGAUAGUGAAGAACAAGAAGACGAGGCUGAGGGAGGACUACGAGAGGUGGAUGAAGAUAUUUUUGGUGGUGGACAGCUGCAGCACCAGCAGGUAGGGCCACAUCAAGAAGUAGCACAAGUAGGAGACAUUAGCAGGAGUGUUUUUAGACAACAACAAGUACAACAAGAAGAUCCGUUCGGUGAAGAUGAGGAUGUUGAAGAGAACGACGAAGAGUUACGACUUGCACUGGAAGAAAGCCGACGUAUGGCAGAGCAAGGCCUCGGACUACAAGGAGAAUUACAAGGUUGGCAAGCAGAAAAACAUCAACUUCAACACCAUGUCGUGGCACAACCACAAGCAGAAGCCCAUCAACAAGAGCAGGAGUAUCUUCAAGGUGACUACCGCCAAAACCAAAAUCAUGAUUUUCGACAGCAACAACAACACGGAGGAGAGCAAGAGGAAGAAGAGCAGGAGGACGAGGAAUUUUUGCGUAUCCUUGAGGAGAGUAAGAAAACAGAGGCAGAGGACCAAGCACGUCGCGAAAAGCAAAUGGCGGAGUACACAAAACAGGUGAAUGCCGUACAACAGGAAAGCCAUGAUUUGGAGUUAAGAGUGAGAGUUUUGACAUGACUUGCAAUCCCGUCUUCGUCACCGUCCUUUCGUCUGAGUGUAGAAAGAAGGAAAACUACCCCACUCCGUUUUUACUUACAAAAAAAUAUUGCCACGGCCCCGCCCUCUGAAGAUAGUGAAUCAUCUACGGUCGACCACAAAUACUGAUACUCGUGUUUAUUCAACUCUAACAAAAGAGGAAGAGCUACUCGUGUUUAAAUUAGUACCUAAAAGAACUGAACUCCUGAUACUGAAACUCCUGAUACUCGUGUUAAUAUUCAAAAAAAGAGCUUUAUUGUGAUAUUCAGUUGUAGCUCACUGAUUAUACUAUUAUAAACUGAACAAGAAUAUCAGUUAUAGCUCGUGAUAUUCAGUAGCUAAGUACGUUGUUAUUGAAAACUCGUAGUACAACUCGUGUAGUUUAUUAGUACGAGCUUCUACUCUAACAAAAGAGGAAGAGCGACAACGUGGAAAAACUGCAGAACGAGAGCAGAUGCGUAAUGGGGACACCUGGUUCGACGCACUGGUGGCUUUGUCUGACCAAGUCCUACUAGAAGAAGGGAACGAACGACUACUAGCCACUUGCCUGGAAGACGAGAAUGUGAGAUUGGCAGCCUAUGACUUCUUUCAGGUAUAAGUGCAAUUAUUCUUCAAAAAUUCUAGCACCAAAUCUACUGUUGUACUAACUAGUAUCUUCUCGUGCUAUCGUUGUAGUAAAAAGAUUCGGGCUAAAGUCCAGAGUGGUCUAGUGUCGUUUGGCUCUGCCACGACCUUCAUGAUCGUCAUCUCUAGCAAACGAAUACCACAACCAAAUAAUUUCUCUUUCCACUACAGCUUCGUCGCAAUGGAAUCAAGUGGUUUCAAGAGCCAUGCAGCCGAUAUUGCACUGAAGCACUACGAAGAAUCCAGGAACACCCACUUGAAAAGAUGACUAUAGAAGUUCUGACGAUGGAGAAGGGCAAAUUCGAGGAAGGCUUAUUCGAAAUACCGGGUCCAGACGCCGUAAGCGUAUUGCCACCUAUCCUACUGCCGUAUCAGACGGGCUGUGCUGGGAAUGUUAUGAUCUUGAAGUGCUCGUUAGUUGCAUCUUCUUCUUAUCCUGCGUAUGAUUCUACGUAGUAUAAUUUGAGAAGUCUAAUCGAGUCGAGGUCGGAAGAUGUUGAACAUGAAGUAGAAAUGCACAGAAGUUCAAGAUCAUUCGCGGAGUACGUAUGACUAGAAUAGAUGAUGACAAAGGGUAUUAUUGUAUGACUAGAAUAGAUGACGAGUAUGUAUGACUAGAAUAGAUGAUGAUGACAAAAUGACUCGCACUUUAAUCUGCGCAGCAGUAGCAGCAGUACAGCAGGUAUCCACGUGGCAGGUGCCAGCUCAAGCUCAAGCUCUACUGGAGUUGGGAUGCAUCAAGGCCCAACUACCAGUUCCUCUCACCUUCCUCCUGCUAGCGCGGCUACUGCUACUGGUAGAAGGCAGUCUUCAUCGGAGGACGAUGUCCAGGUAAUAAGUCCAGGUCGGGCUGCUGCAUCUAUUAUGAAGGAUCGUCUUUGCUUUUUGCUUUUUCACAUCUUCCCUGGAGCAGGAACUUAUCACUUAUCAUCUCGAUUCAGAUUACUGGUCCGAUGCUCGAGAUGAUAGAUGAUAUUAGAACUACAACUAAAUAUGAAGUAGAAGUAGACAGAGAAGAUGUGACGAAGCUUUCUCUAAGCCUUGCCCAGCGAAAGAGGAAGCUCCGGUUUUUGAUCUGUGCGAUAGUGACUAAAGAGUCGCGACGCACAAUGACCACGAUGUCAGAUUAGCAUCCGGCAUCAUCUACAGAUCCCGAAAUCUCUCACACCUUCAAAAACAUACAAUGAACAAUUGAGAAAGGAUUUUGUUUCCUUCUCUGAUGAUCAUCCCCGUCACAACUUUUACAUUCCCAACUAGAACUGCUCAUGAUCAUGUAGUUCUUGGCACGU